AAGACGAGACAGUGGAAGGAGUAGAUGGGAUAGACGGUCGCGCGUUGAAAAAUGUCCGGUUACUUAAAUUUCUCGUCUACGUGAACGGGUGGUAAACAGACUCGCAAUUGCGGUGGUACCGGCGCUACGAACGGACCGGCGUUGUUACGCUUUCGCCUGACUUUCGAAACGCUAGCACGUGUGCGAGAGACACAGGCUUCCAAUUUUCCGGAUCGCGUUAGAUUAUGACGGUUCGAUCGCACCGUAAAGUCUUGAUAAAAUAAAACAAGUCAAGUGGCGUAUCGUGUUGCGCGUGAAGGUGCCGCACAUUGUGUACAGGAUCGACGCCUCAUGAUAACCGGUGUAUGCCGAUUAAAGGGGUUUGACCGAGGUUAUUAAAUAAGUGGCCGGUUGGAGACGCAGGAGUACGAGCUGCGAGGAAUUCAGAUGAGAAUGGAGAUUGCCAAGGAGGAAUGAUAGGAUGCAAGAAGGCAACACCGCCGUUGCGCUAGCGAUGGUGACUCCUGGGUACGAUCAAGACCCUGCGAGCGGGGUUGCGGACUACACGACUCAUCAGGAUCAAGCGCAAUUCGAAGCUGACAAAAGAGCUGUAUAUAAGCAUCCACUCUUCCCGUUACUGGCGUUACUCUUCGAAAGAUGCGAGCAGGCGACUCAGAGCUCGGACAACUCCACGUCCGAAAGCUUCAACAUGGAUAUACAGGCUUUCGUCCAACACCAAGAAAGAGACCGAAAGCCUUUCCUAAUCAAUGACCCCGAGAUUGACGGUUUGAUGAUCAAGGCGAUACAGGUGCUGCGCAUUCACCUCCUGGAAUUGGAGAAGGUACAAGAGCUGUGCAAAGACUUUUGCAACAGGUAUAUUACGUGUUUGAAAGGCAAGAUGCAAAGCGAAAACUUGCUACGCAGCGACUACAGCCACCAUGGACACGACAUGGGUCCGUCGAGUGGAAGCAAUGGCAGCAGUCCGUUGCAGGUGCUGUCAUCUACAGGCAAUGAUGUUGAGUCGGGAGCUAACGGAUUCAGAGUGAGCCGAGGGGAUUCCGUGGCGGAGAACGACGGCGCAAAUUUGCUUGCGCGAGAAGAGAGCAUUAAUCAUGAUCAACCGUCGUCGGUCCGAUCGUCUUCUGCCGUCCAGCGCUCGGGCAAAUCCACUAGCCAAGACCACGACGAUCCCCUCUCACCGUCCGCGGUACAUGGAAGCACGCCUCUCUCGCAAAUCGGGGCACAUGGAUGCGUCCCGGCUAACGACAUGUAUCUUGGCCAAGAUGACAGUGUCGACUAUCUGCAGACUAUCUCCGACAGAAUAUACUUGGAAGAAGCUGGAUACUGGGGACUUAUCGCGUUGCGAGAGCGAGAAAAAGAAUACGCAGACGUUGCAAGCGCUAACAAUGAAAAGUAUUUCGAUAUUACUGUCGCAGGCUCACCUUCUCCCGCGGCGAGCGAAGACGAGGACGAAAGUGUCAGCAAUACUGCUUCGAAUCACGGUGGGAGUCAUAGAAGUAGUCAUGGUAGCGCUAGAAAGGGACGUCAGAAGCGGGGUGUCUUGCCUAAACACGCCACUGGCAUUAUGCGGACGUGGCUCUUUCAGCAUUUAGUUCAUCCUUACCCCACCGAAGAUGAAAAGCGUCAAAUCGCCAGUCAAACAAAUUUAACAUUACUACAAGUAAACAAUUGGUUUAUCAAUGCUCGUCGGCGAAUUCUGCAGCCCAUGCUGGACGGUGCGGGCGCAGAUGCGACAUCGCGUGCGGGGAAGCGUCAUAAAGUUUCAAAACACGCUGUACAGCAACAAGCGGCUCAACAACAGCAACAAACGGACUGGCAGUCCGAAGAUUCAGCAAGUGAUUCAGGUUCUAGCGACGGUGAGGGAGGAGCUGCUAGAUCGAAAGACGGUAACGAUAGCGAUGAAGAUGAUCUUCACUGACCUCUGUCGAUCACCGAAACGUCAACCUCUUUACGGUACCUUCAAAUCCAGUUGCUCAUUACAGUAUUAAGGUAUUCGGGAAUAGAUAUCGCUUUAACUGUCAGAUACGUAAUUAAUCUCGUGAAAGUUAAGAAUACGUGGGUAGAGGUUAUCACGCUCUCUGACCAUUCAUCAGCUACGCAAUCGUCGGUUUUCUUAUAAUAGCUGAUAGGUGAUUUUUAAUCUCGGCUCAUAUUACCCACAUAUAUUAACUUAAUGUUGGAUGAAAAAUGGAGACGAGAACUGAGAUUCAGUAGGUACUAAAAAGAGCAGCUAACUUAAAUACACCUAACUCAGACGAAAAAAGAAAAAUGUUUACAUUAAAUGUUAUUUAUUUUUCGAUGACAAAUUUUUUAGUGCGCGAUUAGUGAAGAUAAAUCUGAGCUUAUUUUGAAAAAGUACAUUGUUUUUAUUAAUUUAGUUAUCUCGUUUGUGACAAAAGUAUGUCCCCGAUGACAAUUAUUUAUAUAACACAAUGUAUUUAAAAUAAAUAUCUUGUUUUAUUAUAAUACAUGUUAACGAUUCAACGGGUAAAGAUUUAUCACGAAAGCAAUUCUUUUCUUUUUCAUUCUUUACUUAACAAUUCUCGGCUAUCGAACAAUUUUCCCUUUUGCACAUUAUCGACGUACAGUUAUCUCAUUGUCAACUUUUCGUGCAUAAUUUCAACAUACGUACAAUAAAGCAAAGCAGAUAAAAUCAAA